ACCUCAACAAUCGAGGCUUGGCAGGGGACGCCAACUCAACAGGCAUCGAAUACAAUACAAUACAAUACAACACAACACAAUAAAUAAAAUACAAUACACAACAAAACAUCGUCGCAACAAUGGGCAAGGAUCGUGUUUCUUACUUCUAUCACCCCGAAACGGUAAGUACCCGCUUUUGCGGGAUGGUUCCUCUUGGCGUCGGCUCGGGCUUUUCCUCUGGAUCUCGAGAACGGACCGCACGCAACACGAACACUCGUUCACCCACUCRUUCACMCACUCACACAUCCACACACUCAUUCUGGUACGGCACGCACCCGUCCUUGCCCGAACGAUAAUCAUCGCAUCGCAAAAACCACAGCCUCUUCAUUACUAUGGGCCGUCGCAUCCGAUGAAACCCCACCGUUUGAAACUGGCCCACCAUCUCAUCCUCGCCUACAAACUAUAUACGAAAAUGGAAUGCUAUCGGUGCCAUCCGGCAACGCCGGGUGAAAUGGCGCAGUUCCAUUCCGACGAAUACGUUCAGUUCCUUUCCAAGAUCACCCCCGACAACCUGAGGACGUACGCGAGUGUCUUGCAGAAGUUCAACGCGGGGGACACGACCGAUUGCCCCGUCUUCGACGGCCUGUACGACUUUGUCCAGCUGUACACGGGCGCCAGCUUGGACGGKGCCGUUCAACUGAAUCAGCAACAGGCCGACAUAUGCAUCAACUGGAGCGGGGGGCUGCACCACGCCAAAAAAUCGGAAUCCUCMGGGUUUUGUUACAUCAACGACAUCGUCCUUGCCAUCCUGGAGCUGCUGAAGGUCCACGCCAGGGUCCUGUACGUGGACAUCGACGUCCACCACGGGGACGGGGUGGAGGAAGCCUUCUACACAACGGAUCGCGUCAUGACACUGAGCCUCCACAAGUACGGGGAYUUUUUCCCCGGAACGGGSCACAUCCAGGACGUUGGCGCGAAGGAAGGCGUGGGCUACUCGGUGAACGCGCCCCUGCAGGCGGGAAUCACGGAYGAGACCUAUCUGAACGACCUGUUCAUCCCCGUCUUUGACAAAAUCAUGGAGGUCUUCCAGCCGGGUGCGGUGGUCCUGCAGUGCGGGGCGGAUUCCCUGACGGGCGAUCGGCUGGGGUGUUUCAACCUGACCACCCACGGGCACGCCGACGCCGUCAAGCACGUCAAAUCGUACGGGGUUCCGACCCUGGUCCUGGGAGGCGGGGGGUACACCAUCCGAAACGUGGCCCGCUGCUGGGCGUACGAAACGUCCGUGCUUCUGGAGGAACCCAUCGACAACAACAUCCCCUUCAACGACUACUACGAAUACUACGCACCGGACUUUGAGCUGCACCUCAAACCGGAUUCGAGCAUGGACAACGCCAACAAAAACCUCAACAGCAUCAGGACCGAGCUGUUGCAGCAACUCAAGGAUCUCCAGGGCGCUCCCUCCGUACAAAUGCAACAGGUUCCACCACCCUUUCGGACGACCUCCGCGGCCAAAAACAACGGCGACGACAACGACGGGGAAAAGGGAUCGAGGAAACGMAUCAARAAGACACACGCUUCGGAGUUGUACGAUGGCGUCGAUUAGAAAAGAAAGGAAACGGGAUUGCACGCACUUUGCAAAAGAUGCGUGCUACAACAAAUUCUCUUUAUGGAA